AUGUGGAUAAUCAGUCUCUCUGUAAUGACGAUAUCUUAUAGAAGCAUAAUGUAUUUUUUGACCACUGAAAGCGUUGCCUUGGGUGGGACUCAUAAUAGUCAAUCUGAGGAAAGUCAUGACUGUAGGGAACUACUUGAUGACCAUUAUGCUUUACGCAGUGGUACUCAAACUGCUCCUCACGUCAUUGAUACUUCCAGUGAGGAUAAAUCGAGCACCAAGUCAAGCAAAGGAAGAAAAAGUCUGGCAAGUGCUAGACCUCAAGAAUCGGCAAACGAGGAGGCAAUGAAUUCUGAGGAAGAACGUUCACUAAUCAUUAGUUUUAGCCUCCGGGGAAUGCUCCCCACAAAUGACGAUAUCCAAAAAUUUAUUUUUUGGAUACGUACAAAAAAAAUCCCCCCCGCUGACUGUCCAGCUUUGUUGUCUGAGAAGGACAGUUUGAAACGUUUCGCUGGACGCCUUGUCCAAAUGAGAAGAAGAGCGAACAAAAACAAAUGUAGUGAUUCGAAGUUCCCUACCAAACAAGCUCUUCUGGGAAUUUGUGCUGCGAAUAAUUAUAAAUGCUGUAUCACGGGAAGUGAAAUUCAAUUUCACAACCCAAAAUCAGCCAUAAUUCCAUUUUGGGCCCUUUCGAUCGAUCAUCGUAAACCUCUGGAUAGUGUAAAAAAAGAUCCAAAUGCUUGGGGUAUCCAAAAUUUACAACCAAUGUCCAGAGUUAUGAAUACCAUAAAAAGCAACUUAACUGAUGAAGAGUAA